GAAUACAUAAUCGUUAAUGUAAUGUUUUAAAACAAGUUAAUUUUAAGGUGCUUGUCUGAAUAGAAGUGUAGUCACCUGAAUUAUUAAAUUUCCUACGUAACUGUCGGUUUGAAUAAAAGAUGCCGUUGACCGCUGAUGUAGCAGCACAGCAAGUGCAGGAACGAUUAAGAUCUUUGCAUAGAUUGAUAUAUGACAUAGAAGCAGAGAGAAGUUGCAAUGAGCAAUGUAUUGACUCAAUAUUGAGAGCUGAGAAAGCUGCUGAAUCCUCUUCAUCAGCGGAAGAUUCUUCUGGUUCCUCUCAACAGCAAAUGCAGCUCAAGAGUUUAUAUAAAGCGGGACUUACGGCUGCAGAACAAGAAGAAAGAGUUCUCCGUGCCGCUCUAUCACGAAUUUAUGAAAUACGCGCUAUAAAAAAUGAAAGACGUAUUCAAGCUCGUCAUGCCGGCAACAAGGAAACAAUCGGUUGUGGAGCUCUAAUGAAGAUGCUGCUGAGUGCGGCGCAGACGCUGCCGCUGCACGUGGGGCGCGUGGGCGAGCGCGCGCCGCCGCUGUGCGGCGCCGUGCCCGCCGACGCGGGGCACGUGGCGCGCGCGGGGGACGCCGUCGCCGCGCUCGUCAGGGUCUCCGAGAAAGAGGAGAACUGGAUUCUGGCCGAGGUAGUGAGCUGGCUGCCGGCGCAGGGCAAGUACGAGGUGGACGACAUCGACGAGGAGCAGAAGAACCGGCACGUGCUGAGCAAGCGGCGCGUGGUGGCGCUACCGCUGAUGCGCGCCGACCCGCGCACGGACGAGCACGCGCUGUUCCCCAAGGGCGCCGUGGUCAUGGCGCUCUACCCGCAGACCACGUGCUUCUACCGCGCCGUCGUCAACCGCCUGCCCGCCUGCGCCGCCGACCCCUACGAAGUCUUGUUCGAGGACUCGUCGUAUGCGGACGGGUAUUCCCCGGCAGAACGUGUCGCUCAACGAUACGUUAUUGCCAUUAAGGAAGGAAAGGGUCGCGGCACCUGACACUCGCGCUCGGCCCCGCCCUCCGCGCGCUCGUCGCCGCUCUCCACGGCAGUGUUGUCAACUUGGGGGUUUUCCCCCUAAAUAAUGGGGGGGAAACGGGGGGAUUUUGAGAGGAUACUAGGGAGGGGAUGCUUCUCAAAGGUUGUCAACACUGCUCCAUGGACUUGCUGCACUGACCGUGCGAGUGUUGAAUUGUGAACGAGUUGCGCAUAGUGAAUAAAUAAUAUUAGACUAUUCGUUGUUACUAAGUGAAAAUAUAUGCUAUAAUGGAAUUAUUCAUAUUUUCGUGUAGCACUAGACUUGCCUAUUCAAUGCGGUAAGAAGUAAUUGUGAUUAGUUUUUAAGUAUUAUAUGUAAAAAUGUAAUGUUGGUCUAAGGCUAUCUGGUAGGAGCGUAGAUCCCGAAGUUUUGGGUAGAAACGGAUCAGGAAUAUCCCGGAGUCUACAAAUUGGCAUACAAUAAUGUGCAGUGGAAAACAUGUAAAGCCAUUAGUCCUGUGCCUGCACUAUAAUAUGUCCCCCGUAAUGGGCUAAUCUCUUGAGAAUGACGGCUGUGGCCGGAGGAAAUUUGUCAAAACAUCAUCAUGUAAAAAUAAAUUGUAAAUAUUUUUCUAUAUCCUAGAAUUAAUGAUAGCCCGUAUAUUAUUUUUCUAUACUUUAUUAUUUCUUUUUAUUUAAUUUCGAAAAGUAGUUUUCUACGCUAAUAUGAUGUGCAAGAAAGUUAAUUUCAGUAAAUUUAUAAUCUGUUUACAUGAUAGGUUAAAAAAAUAAUAAGAUGCCCGAAGUAAGCCAAUCUAUUAAAUAUUAUAAUGCAGAAGUUUGAAUGUUCUUAAGACAAUUAUGUCAAAAUGGAUAAACUAAUUUUAAUAUAUUACGUCAUGGAUUCGAAUGUAUUUUAAUUGAAUAACUAGUAUAUUUAUGAGAUAUGGGUCUGAUGGACAAAGUAUGUUGCAGUAAUUAGGACAUUUUGUAUUAAUAAUUAUAAUCUUUAUUUUGUUUAUUGGUGAGUUUAUUAAGUCGUGUUUCUCGUCAAUUUUUUUUCUAAGAUCUUCCGUUGUCUUGUCACACUAUUGUGGUUUUUUUUUUUAAACUUAUAACGACCGUUGGCCUCUAAAUAUUGUAAUAAUUUUAUCUAAACUUUGCAAAAAAAAAAACUUAUA